AAACAAUUUUACUUAUGCAGUGCUUACUUAUGGCGACGGUCAAGGUGACGAUGAGGAAAACUCUUUGACUCACAUCGACCACGGAUUCCAUUCGAAGCUGCCCCCCGGCAUUCUGCCGCACGGUUUACCGACGGUGAAGGAAGUGGCCCCGGCAAUAACACCCCAGGAGCAGAAGAAGGACGAUCUGAAGGAAGUGAAGGAACUGUCCGCCGAGCAGAAGCAAAUGAUUAUUCUGUCGGAAGAUUUUCAACGAUUCAUACUGCGCGCUGGCAAAGUUAUGGAGCGCGCACUGUCCGAGAAGGUCGACAUUUACACCGACUACAUUGGAGGCAGUGAUGAAGAUGAUAUGGGUGAUGAAAAAACCCAAGCUCGCCUGUCACUCAAUCGUUCUUUCUACUGCGAUCGCUGGUCGAAGAACCGAUGCGUUACGUCGUUCGACUGGUCCACGUACUAUCCGGAGCUAAUGGUUGCCUCGUACCACAGCAACGAGGAGUGCCCGAACGAACCAGACGGCGUGGUGAUUGUGUGGAACACAAAGUUCAAGAAACAAACGCCCGAGGAGGUGUUCCACUGUCAGAGCGCCGUCAUAUCGACCUGCUUCGCGAAGUUUCACCCGAAUCUAAUCCUGGGUGGGACCUACUCCGGGCAGAUCGUACUGUGGGACAAUCGGGUACAGAAGCGAACACCGAUCCAACGUACACCACUCAGCGCUAGCGCUCAUACGCAACCCGUUUAUUGCCUCUCGAUGGUGGGCACGCAGAAUGCCCAUAACGUCAUCUCGAUAAGCUCAGACGGCAAGCUUUGCUCGUGGAGUCUCGACAUGCUCUCCCAGCCACAGGAUGUGCUGGAACUGCAACACCGCCAGUCCAAGGCGAUUUCGGUCACGUGCAUGGCCUUCCCGCAUAACGAGGUAAACAACUUCGUACUGGGCAGCGAAGAUGGGUACGUGUACUCGGCCAGCCGCCAUGGCAAUCGGUCCGGUAUUGGGGAAACCUACGAGAAGCACCUCGGCCCAGUGACUGGCAUCUCGGCGCACCACAACCAGUCGUCACCGGAUUUCGGCCAUCUC